CAUUGGGAGCUUUGGUGGGCAGAAGGACAAGAGAGGCGGCGCCUGGCUUUUUGGCCGGCUCUUCGCCCUCCGGCCUGGGGCCUCUGAACGGGAAGGGCUUCUUCGGAGGGUCGGGAGAACUUGAUACAUUUUGCAUAAAUUGGGUGUGGAGUGAGUGCCAGGAAAUUGUGCAAUUGGAACCACAUUUCUUCUUCCAUUAUGGACUGCUGCAUAUGAAGCUGGAGGACUAAGUGGGGUGGCAUUUUCUGGAAAAUAAGAGUGAUUCUCUGCCUGAAUGCCUUAAAGGCAUCAGAUCCUGAACGAUCUUGGAAGCGAAGCAAAGUUUUGGAAGAGGAAACACCAACAACUUCUUUCUCUUUCUCUUAAGAAAACCCUAAAACCAUAAAUCCACAGUGAUAUUCUCCUCUGCUCCUCCUAUAAAGUGGAAAUUUUGCUGUUUUGCAAGCCUGCUUCCAAACACAAUCAUGGAUUCAAUACCAGUCUUGCCCCAGCUGUCAAAUCCUUCUACAAGCCACGAGACAAAACCUUCCUUGCCACAACCAUUGAAGAAGUUCUAUUUGGGAGAACCGCUUGUCCUGGGGAUUACCCAGAUACUCACAGGAAUUAUUGGGAUAAUUUUUGCAAUCGUGAUGGAUGCCACUGAUACAGACUAUGAGAUUUACGUUAUCCUUAAAGCAUCGUACUGGACUGGAAUAUUGUAUAUCAUUUCAGGAUCUCUGUCUGUGGCAGCUGCCAGGAAUCCGAAGAUGUCACUGGUGAAAGGCAUGCUGGGAAUGAAUGUUGUGGGUGCUGUCACAGCUGGCGUUGGAAUCAUAUUGCUUUGCAUGUCAUUGAUAUUUGACCGAAGGUAUUACUAUUUUGGAUGUCACGACUUCGAAUCGGAAGCAGAUAAAAAACAGUGCGCUGAUAAAAUGAUUUAUCGUAAUACCAGAUAUGGGAUCCUUGCAGUUUUACUGGUUUUUGCCAUCCUCGAGUGCUGUAUCGCCAUUUCUUCUGCUGCCUUUGGGUGCAAGACUGUGUGCCGAAAUACCUAUGCUGAAACGAUUGUGGUGGUUUAUCAGAACAUGGCCCCCAGCAGCGCUGAUAACCAGACAGAUGUGUCCAAGGAUCCCAAGACUUUCUGAACUUUUUUUUCUUCAACUCAACUCUUCUGAACUAUCUCAUACUUCCAACUCGCAGAGGAAGAUGAAAUGCGUUAUGAACUAUACAUGAACUAUAUAUUAACUAAUCCUUAUCUUUUCAAUCAGUCAAGUACUGUGAAUAUCAUGAACAAUGUGGAAAGAUACUGAUAAUGUAGAAUAGAGCUUUUGUAUUAGGAAAGGUGCCGGCUUUUGAUAUUUAAGCCAAAAUUUAAAUUGAGUAGAAAGACGGAAGCUCUAAAACUGGGCACUGGAAUGAAUGGGAUCAUUUUAAAAUUACCUCUAUAGGGGAGAGUGAACCACUGACCUUCCAUAUGUUUUGCAUCACAUAUAACUUAAUCUCUUCCAUGGUCUGGGAGUUGGAGUCCCAAACAUCUGGAGGGUGAAAUGCCUCCAUCCCUAUUCUAUAGGACAGGUGAUUGGGAAGCUGUGUCAUUCUUUAUUUACUGUCCUGAUUUUAGUGUUUGAAUCAAUCAGGGCCAGCUAACACCUCCCAACAAAGUAUUCUCCCAGGCAGGCAGAAACCAACCAGACUUAGAAACUGCAAGGCCAUUUGCUAAGAGGCGAUGUGUGAAUUUGUGAAACGGUGUGAGGGAGGAAUCCUUUUGGAUCCCACCACUUGCUUCCAAUUGUAAACAGCCUUUCAAAUAUGAAGGGAAGAUAUGUUUGGAGUAUAUAUAUAUCAGGAGGAUUUGGAGGGUAAAGAAGGAUAACAAAACUGAUGAACUUAUAUGAGUAAGUAUGGUAACUUAUAUAGGAAAGUACGGUAACUGCCACCAACGUGAGGUAAUGUCUUUUAAAGUAGGUGAUGAAUAGUCAAUGGUAAUGGCUUUCCUUCAGGCUCCGAGUGAGGCAAGGAGACUGAUCUUUAUGAACAACAAAAUUCAAAUUUAUUUGUACAUAAGUGUGUGGUUCCAAUAUAUAGAUGUUUCAGGAUCUUAAGUUACAGUGCAGUCUUGUUUGAAUGAAUAUUUCUUAAACAACUUCUCUCAGAAUGCAAUAGAUUAAACUCCCGGUCAGCUUAUAUCUUCAGCCUUUCCCUGAAUGACACCAAGCUGCCGUCUGCCUGUGUAAACAAGCCUCAAUUUCCUAAUAUUCCAAGCUUUUAAAGAGUAGCUUCUAUCCAGCUAACUUCAAUAGCUCCUACUUCAGAAGUCUAACAGCAACAGUUUUUUUUUCCAAAAAGGGUAAGCUUUAACUGCCAACUAAGCCACGCCCCCUUUUCCUCCAAAGAGAGGCUACGUUGCUAUGGUAACCUGCUGUACACUGCUUCCACAGGCUUCUAUGUGAGACCUGCCUUCAUUAAUACAUAACUCCCUUUUUUCCCUUUUAACAAACAAAUAAAAUCAUAUCAAUAAUUCCCAUUAACUCAUAACAUCCUUACACCAUUCAAUGCUAAUCAAGAUGGCCAAUGGCAACAUUCACACUUGCCUCAAACAGACAAGAGCUCUUUCUCCCACCCUGGACAUUCCACAGAUAUAUAACCUCACUUGCUUAGUUUCCAACAGACCUCACAACCUCAGAGGAUGCCUACCAUAGAUGUGGGUGAAAUGUCAGGAGAGAAUGCUUCUGGAAUAUAGUCAUAUACCCCAGAAAACUCACAGCAACCCAUUGAUUCCGGCCAUGAAAGCCUUUCAUAGCUCCUUAAUUAUUCAGCCAUGUCAUAAGACAGCAAUUGGCACUCUGUGUUGUAUGUAUUGUCUGUAUUGUCUGCCAACAAUUCACUACCAACACCCAAGCCAUAGGUUUUUAAGCUUUUUAAAAAUCCUAGUCAUGAUUUACAACUUUCUGUAUCCAUUUAUGUUCUACCUUACCCCCCUCCCCCAACUAUUUUAAAAUGCUUAAAAGCCAUUGGCUUUAAUAUCACUUCAUCAGUGCAUAUGAAUAAAUGAAGCACAUAUUCAAAGAUAUAUUUUUUAAAUUGUAUUGACUUGUUUUGUAAAUUGCUUUGAUUCUCAUUUGUAGAGAGAAAAAGCAGGUUAUAAAUAAACAUAAUGCUAAAAUAAA